AUGUUCAGCAGUGGGCUCAACCAGGCUCAAAUGUCGAUGAUCCAUGUAGUGCAAAUUGAGAUAAAGUUGGAUAAUACACUUACCUCCUAUCGCUUGUUAAGGAUUUUCGUCAUCAUGAUUGCCAAGGCGCUGGGCGUGACGCCUUUAGCGCUACUGGUACUACAAGUGUCUUCCGUGCUUAGUCGAAUCGCAUUUGAAAAGUUAACAGAUGUCGAUUUCGCCGGCACCGCAUAUUAUACAGUACGUAACCUGUCGCUGUACGAGUGUCAAGGAUGGUGCAGAGAAGAAAACGACUGCCAGGCCGCUGCUUUCAGUUUUGUGCUGAAUCCGCUGACACCAGUACAGGAGACCCGUUGCUUGCUUCAGAAUGAUACACAAGCAAAUAAUCCCAUGGCGACUCCGCAGCGUGCAGUGAACACAUACUAUAUGGUGAAGCUGCAAGUUCGGACGGAGAGUGUUUGCCUUCGCCCGUGGGCCUUCGAGCGAGUGCCUGGCAAGGCGCUUCGGGGCCUGGACAAUACUAUAAUCUACACCUCCACGAAGGAGGCCUGCUUAGCUGCCUGUCUCAACGAGAAACGUUUCCCGUGCCGGUCAGCGGAGUACGAAUAUGGGAGCAUGAGAUGUGCGUUAAGUGACUCGGAUCGCCGGACUGCUCAGCACUUCGUGCAGCUAGUGGACACACCCGGAACCGAUUACUUUGAAAAUUUGUGCCUGAAGGCAUCGCAAGCGUGCAAGGGCUCACGGGUGUUUAGUGUCCCACGCGUGGGCGUGGCAGAGGACAAGGUCGCUCAGUACGCAGGAUUACACUACUACACCGACAAGGAGUUGCAGGUAACGUCGGAAGCGGCUUGCCGAUUGGCCUGCGAAAUAGAGUCGGAGUUCCUCUGUCGUUCUUUCUUGUACAUGGGAGCGCCUCACUCGUCCGCCUACAACUGUAGGCUGUACCACCUCGACCACCACACGCUGCCCGAUGGGCCCUCCGCUUACCUGAACGCCGAAAGACCCCUCAUCGACGACGGCGAACCGAUAGGAAAGUACUUCGAAAACUACUGUGAAAAGCCACCUGCAAGUCCAUCAGGAGAAUUACCCGUUAGCAUCGAUCAUCAGCAUGAUGAGACAAAUAUGCCAAGCAACCUUACAAGGAACGAUGCCAACUGUGACAAGACCGGCACAUGUUAUGACGUAUCCGUUCACUGCAAAGACACGAGAAUCGCGGUCCAGGUUCGGACGAACAAACCUUUCAAUGGUCGUAUCUAUGCUUUGGGACGUUCAGAAACUUGCAACAUCGAUGUCGUGAACAGCGACCUUUUCCGUUUGGACCUCACCAUGGCUGGACAGGAUUGUAACACUCAGAGCGUCACCGGCGUCUAUUCCAAUACCGUGGUUCUUCAACAUCACAGCGUUGUUAUGACAAAAGCAGACAAGAUUUAUAAAGUGAAAUGUACUUAUGACAUGAGCUCUAAGAACAUAACGUUCGGAAUGGUGCCAAUCAGGGAUCCAGAGAUGAUUUCAAUUACCGCUGCGCCUGAAGCACCUCCUCCACGCAUCCGCAUCCUGGACAGUCGCGACCACGAAGUCGAGACUGUGCGCAUUGGAGAUCGCCUCACUUUCCGCAUUGAGAUUCCGGACGAUACUCCGUACGGUAUAUUCGCUCGUAGCUGUGUUGCGAUGGCUAAGGACUCCAAGAGUACAUUCACGAUCAUCGAUGACGAAGGAUGUCCAGUGGAUCCUUCAAUAUUCCCAGGAUUCACUCCAGAUGGCAACGCUCUGCAAUCAGUGUACGAAGCUUUCCGAUUUACAGAAUCCUAUGGUGUCAUAUUCCAAUGCAAUGUUAAAUACUGCCUUGGACCUUGCGAACCGGCUCUGUGCGAGUGGGGUAGGGAAUCUCUGGAGUCAUGGGGAAGAAAGAAGCGUUCUCUGCCCGGUAAUGAAACCGAAGAGUCUCACAAUAAGGAAGAGAAUAUGAACAUUUCUCAAGAAAUCCUCGUUCUGGACUUCGGUGAUGACAGACAAAGCACAGAUUUUCUGCGCUCUGACAAGCCUGGUGGAACCGCCUCUGAGACUAACUUCGGCGAGAGAACAGUUACCAUCGUCGAGCCGUGCCCGAGCAAAUCUUCAGUUUUACUACUAGGAGUUGCCUGCGCGCUCCUUGUACUGCUUUACAUCGCAACCAUAUUCUGUUAUUAUAUGCGCAAAUGGCUUGCGCCACCCAAGCACAUGUCA